AUGGCUUCUCUUGUAUCGGAAUAUAUCAGUGUGGGUGGAAACCGCCACCCAGGAGCUGCAGAUUGGGAUGUCCAGACAGGCGUGCUCGCCUUCGGAGCGGACAACAAUGUCGCCUUGUGGGAGCCUCUAGAUAACUCUCACCGAGGAAUUUAUGCGCUUCUCGUUGGGCAUUCCGACAAAGUCAGCGUGAUCAGAUUUUACACCUGCCCCUCAUCGGGGACGAGAUUGCUUCUCACCGGUUCCGUCGAUCGCACCAUCCGAGUUUGGCUUCAAGAUGCCACCGACACUCGCAAUUACAGAUAUGCUUUUACUCUCGAAGGUCACACCGGAUCAGUCAAUGCGAUAGGUGUAGCUGAGGGGACAAACAUCGUUACAUCUGGAGCCGCAGAUGGGACUGUCCGGGUAUGGAGAAUCAAUGCAUUGGAAUUGCAGGGCGAGAUGAUGGAAACCAUCACUAUGAAACCACGCUUCUUCCCACUGUGUUUGUCUCUACGAGUACUAGAAGGCGCAAAUCGUCCACUUGUACUGGCUGUCGCGGGAACUACAACGAAGGUACAAAUAUACGUUGCAGAAGAGUCUGUCGAUAGAGUAGACUUUCAACGCCGUGCCGUUCUUCCAGGUCACGAGGCCUGGGUCCGCUCUCUGUCGUUCACGGUGGACAAGCAGAGCAACACCAAUGAUAUACUGCUUGCAUCGGCCAGUCAGGACAGAUACAUUCGUCUAUGGAGAUUGCGCCAGGGCGAAGCAAACGCUCCUGCACCCAUUGACGAUGCCGAUCCAUUGUUGGGUGGCAUGGAGCCUACACUGUCGAACAAAGCUCAUGAAUUUGACGCAGCUGGCUUGAAGUAUUCCAUCACCUUUGAAGCGCUUCUUUUUGGAAACGAGGACUGGAUUUACACAACUGCAUGGAACCCCGAUCCAAACCGAUCACAGCUUCUUUCUGCGUCUGCGGAUAACACAGUCACCAUCUGGGAGCAAGACUCUGUAUCAGGAGUCUGGAUGUCGAUUGAAAGAAUGGGAGAAAUCAGUGUACAAAAGGGAUCAACUACCGCGACUGGAAGCGCUGGUGGUUUUUGGAUUGGACUUUGGUCGCCAGAUGGCAAGCAAGUGGUAAGCCUGGGCCGCACAGGCAGCUGGCGUGUAUGGCAGCAUGACUCCGAGGCAGAUGUCUGGGUGCAAAAGUUCGGCAUUUCGGGACACGUACGUGCAGCCAAUGGCGUACAGUGGGAUCCAAGCGGUGGUUAUUUACUCUCAACCAGCGCAGACCAGACUACGCGUCUUCAUGCCGAAUGGCUGCGUGACGAAAAACGCUCGUGGCACGAGUUUUCUCGCCCUCAGAUUCAUGGCUACGACCUGAACUGCAUUGACACCCUGGGGCCCUCCCAAUUUGUCUCCGGUGCCGACGAAAAGCUUCUGCGGGUGUUCAAUGAGCCAAAGCAGAUCGCUGAUCUGCUUGGAAAGCUCACAGGGUUUCAACAAACCAUCGAGGGUGACCUCCCAGACACGGCUGAAAUUCCAGUUCUAGGUCUUUCAAACAAAGCACAGGGAGACGAGGCACCAGUGGACGAGGACGAAGCCAAUGGGGUGACACAAUCUGCCCCUGCUGUCAAUCUCAACACUGACACCCCGCCAUUGGAAGAUCAAUUAGCUCGAUACACACUGUGGCCAGAGCACGAAAAGCUUUAUGGCCAUGGAUAUGAGAUUUCAGCGGUUGCAGUAAGCCACGAUCGCAGGCUCAUUGCCACUGCCUGCAAAGCUACCAGUAUAGACCACGCAGUGAUUCGACUAUAUGAUACAUCAGACUGGCAUGAGAUAAAGCCCUCUCUCACUGCACACUCUUUGACCAUCGCGGACCUCUCAUUUUCCGACAACGACCAAUAUCUCCUCAGCGUGGGUCGAGACCGACAAUGGGCCGUUUUCGCCCGGAGUGAACAAGACCCAACUGUGUUUACCAACUUCACCUCGAACCUCAAGGGUCACUCUCGGAUGAUUCUGGGAGCUGCCUGGGCACCAGUGACUACAAAGUACGUUUUUGCCACGGCAGGACGUGACAAGUCCGUUAAGAUUUGGCAAAAGACAGACGAUACUUUCACCUGCCAGACCACUAUUGCGUUCACAUCCGCUGUUUCGGCCAUCGCUUUCUUAGCUGCUCCAUACCAAAAUUCAUUCAUUCUGGCUGCGGGAGAGGACAGCGGUGCCGUUUCAAUCCACCAUAUCAGCACCGAUACUCUUGAAGCACAGCUUGUUGUGGCUGUUGAUCAGACCAUGGCACCCUCCAAGGCCAUUACACAGCUGUCAUGGCGACCUGUGUCAGCUGAAGAGGCAAAUAGCAAAGCCAAGUUUGAUCUUGCAGUGGGUAGCGAAGAUACCUCCACACGUAUCUAUGCCAUUUCGAAUAUGGCAGCAUGA